AUGCACCAAUUUGCGCGCGUAGUGCGCAGGGCGACCUCCUCAUCGCCGCUCGUCUCGACCUUGCACCUGGUGCAUUGUCGGAUUGGACGACGUCAUGCCCAAGCCUUCAGUUCGUCUAUCAGCGCCCAACAGCAACCGAAAGUUGCAGUGCUCUACCAAGAGAUCGACCCUCCCGUUAUCGCAGGCAACGUUAAGCCCAAGAAACCUGGUGGCUACAAAGACUCCGGGGCCGAUAUUGCUUACAACUUGAGCCUCUCCCAAAAUGUCGAUGUUUUAAGUCCGGAGUCGAAACCCGAUCCCGUGAAGGAUGCCGAUUGGUGUUUUCCGGACAAUGAAGAAGGCAUUCUGCAUGCAAUCGAAAGAGGCGCCACGCACUUGUGGGCGAACACGAUCCUCUUUGCGAGUCAUCCGCUCCAGACCUCAAGAGAAAUUGGGAAAUAUGAGAAUCGCUUGCGCGUGGUGGGCCAGGGUCCUGUGAUUGUCGAGAAAUAUGACGACAAAGACUUCGUCAACACGCUUUUACGCCAGGAAGGACCUUUCACAAUGCCCAAAGCCUGGACAAUCCAUGCCGACCGAGACACUCCCCAAUACAGCGCAUAUCCGUACCCAGUGGUCGCGAAGCCAGCUAGAGGUCGCGGCAGUCAUGGAGUCAAAGUCUGUCAGGAUGAGGUCGAGCUGGCCGCGCACAUCAAGCUCUUGACGUCGGAGGGCACCAAUGCCAUUAUCGUUGAGGAGUUCCUGGCCGGAGAGGAAGCCACUGUGACGGUGAUGCCCCCAACAUCAGACAAGGGGUACUGGUCGCUGCCGGUGGUCACUCGCUUUAACCACCAGGAUGGAAUUGCCCCUUACAAUGGAACUGUGGCCGUGACAGCCAACUCCAAGGCUGUUAUUGGAUCUGAGGAUCCUGCGUACAGUGAUGUCGCAAGGGAGUGCGAGCUUGCUGCAAAGCUUCUUGGUACUACCGCCCCCAUUCGGAUUGACGUUCGUCGUUUUCGCGCACAGUCGAAGUUUGCUCUUUUCGAUGUUAACAUGAAGCCGAACAUGACCGGGCCUGGCAGACCAGGACGCGACGAGCAGGCAAGCCUGACCCUUCUCGCAGCCGCCGCUCUUGGAUGGGACUACAAAGAACUCCUGCGUCAAAUUCUGGGAACAUCAUACACGCUGGAGGCUUUGAGGAAGCUCGAACCGCGACUUUGA